AGAAGAAAUAAACAUAUUUUCGGCAAAUUUAUACAGACAAUAAAAUCGAAAUUAAAAGCGAAGCACAAGGCAAGGCAAAGCAGCCAGAACAACAGCAACAACAUCGCUUUGGAUAUCUUCAACGAAAUCAAAGAGCAACUGUCAAGUUGCCCCGAACGCACUCGUGCCCUUUGCCGCACUGUAUGGGGCGCGGUAUCAACGUCCCUUAGCACAGCGCUAACUGCGGCGGCGAGCAUCGAAGCCGGCGACGACCGCGACGACGGUGGCGGUGGCGGAGGCGGAGGCAGAGCUAGAAGCGGUGGCGGUGGUGCUGCUGCUGCAGGCGGCGGCUGGUGCACCGCAAUAACAUCAACGAGCUCUUCAAAUCACGGAGCAACUGCAUCGGCAACAACAACAACCAGCAGCCGCUUUGCCACCAUCAUGGGAGCCGUCAAAUCACGCACCAUGAUCAACGAUCUGGAUCGCGAUCGCGAUCGUGAUGAGCAGCAGCAGCAGCAUCCACAGCUGAGAAAUGGUCACCAUGGCUCCUCAAUUGGUGGCACACUGCAGAAGCAGGAUCUUCGCUACGACAUCGGCUCCAGUUCGCAGUAUCAUCAUGUGCGGCAACCAAGUGUCCGCAGUCGCAGCCAACAACCGAUGCCCACCACCGAUGAGCUGGAUCGACGUUUCGCCAAAGUCUUGGCUUCAAUGGAUCUGCCGCCGGAUAAAGCCAAGCUCUUGCGUAAUUACGAUGACGAGAAGAAGUGGGACAUGAUAUGCGAUCAAGAAAUGGUGCAGGCAAAGGAUCCGCCCUCCCAUUACUUGAGCAAACUGCGCACCUAUUUGGACCCAAAGGCGUCGCGUAGUCAUCGGCUGUAUCUGUUCUACUUUCUUUGUCAGAAACGCAAAAUGGUUGGCGAAUCGACAUCCACACAGGUGCUGCGUGAUCUAGAGAUCUCGCUGCGCACCAAUCACAUCGAGUGGGUGAAAGAGUUCCUCGACGAUGCCAAUCAGGGACUCGAUGCGCUCGUUGAUUAUCUCAGCUUUCGGCUGCAGAUGAUGCGACACGAGCAACGCUUACAGGACGCCCUCAGCGAGUCCGACGAGCGUCUGAUGCAUCCCAAUGGGAUGCUCGAUGCCAGCGAGGUGGGUCUGGGCAACAGUUCGAUGAGUCCGGGCGGUGUGGGGGCCGGCAAUGUGAGUCUAACCAAUGGCGAUGUGUCGCGCCAUAUGUCAUCGGCCAGUCAUGGCAAUCACUCGCAAUUCUCGUACAGCUUUGUACGUCCCACGAUUGCCGAGGUGCUCGACAGUCCCAGCCUCAAGCGUCGCUCCCGGCACAUCGCCAAACUGAACAUGGGCGCUGCCACCGAUGACAUUCAUGUGUCGAUCAUGUGCCUGCGUGCCAUCAUGAACAACAAGUAUGGCUUCAAUAUGGUAAUCCAGCAUCGCGAGGCCAUCAAUUGCAUUGCUCUCAGUCUCAUACACAAAUCAUUGCGCACCAAGGCUUUGGUCCUGGAGCUGCUAGCGGCGAUCUGUUUAGUCAAGGGUGGGCACGAGAUCAUCUUGGGCUCGUUUGACAACUUUAAGGAUGUGUGCCAGGAGAAGAGACGCUUCCAAACGCUCAUGGAGUACUUUAUGAACUUUGAGGCCUUCAACAUUGACUUUAUGGUCGCCUGCAUGCAGUUCAUGAAUAUUGUGGUCCACUCGGUGGAGGACAUGAACUAUCGCGUCCACUUGCAGUACGAGUUCACUGCCCUGGGACUGGACACGUAUCUGGAGAAGAUACGCAUGACCGAGUCGGAGGAGCUGAAGGUGCAAAUCUCUGCGUAUUUGGACAACGUGUUCGAUGUGGCCGCCUUGAUGGAGGAUUCGGAGACAAAGACAUCGGCAUUGGAGCGGGUGCAGGAGCUGGAGGAUCAGCUGGAACGUGAGAUUGAUCGCAAUUCCGAGUUUCUGUACAAAUACGCCGAGCUGGAGACGGAGAACCUGACGCUGAAGGCGGAACAGGAGCAGCUGGCUGUGAUGCGACUGCAGCUGGAGGAGCAGUUGAAUGCCCUGCAGCGCAUGCUGCAGCAGAACGAGCAGGAGCUCAAGAAGCGCGACACGCUGUUGCACAACAAGAAUCUGGAAUUGCAAACGCUGUCACGUUCCCUGCCACGUUCCGCGUCCAGCGGCGACGGUUCACUGGUCAAUGGCAGCCUGUUAACAGGCACAACCACACAUGGCGGAGCCUCAUCACCGCUGCCACCGCCGCCGCCACCAGCUUUGCCUGCAGCAGCGGCAGCUGCACCACCGCCGCCUCCACCACCAGCGCCACCUGCACCGCCACCGCCGCCCAUGAUGCCGGGCCUGAGUCCGUUGGGCAGUCCCAAUGGCAGCGUCACCUCGACAGUUCCCUCGCCACCGCAUGCUCCGCCCAUGCUCAGCUCCUUCCAGCCACCUCCGCCGCCAGUUGCUGGCUUUAUGCCUGCUCCAGAUGGUGCCAUGACCAUCAAGCGCAAGGUGCCAACGAAGUACAAGCUCCCCACGCUCAACUGGAUAGCACUGAAGCCCAACCAGGUGCGUGGCACAAUCUUCAAUGAGCUGGAUGAUGAGAAGAUCUACAAGCAAAUCGACUUCAAUGAGUUUGAGGAGCGCUUCAAGAUUGGCAUCGGCGGUGCGCUGUCCAAUGGCAGCAAUGGCAGCGAGGUGGAUGGCACGCUCUCCUGCUAUCCCAGCAAACGCUUCAAGAAGCCCGAUAAUGUGUCGCUGCUGGAGCACACGAGAUUGAGAAACAUAGCAAUCUCUCGUCGUAAACUGGGCAUGCCCAUUGACGAUGUGAUUGCCGCAAUACACAGUUUGGAUUUGAAGAAGUUGUCGCUGGAGAAUGUGGAGCUACUGCAGAAGAUGGUGCCCACCGAUGCGGAAGUCAAGGUCUACAAGGAGUACAUCAUCGAGCGCAAGGAUCAGAAUCUGCUCACCGAGGAGGACAAGUUCAUGUUGCAAUUGUCACGCGUCGAACGCACCUCAUCCAAGCUGGCCAUUAUGAAUUACAUGGGCAACUUCGUCGACAGCGUUCACCUCAUUAGUCCGCAAGUGCAAUCGAUUGCCAGCGCAUCGAAUUCGCUGAAGCAGUCCAGAAAGUUCAAGGCUGUGCUGGAAAUAGUGCUGGCCUUUGGCAACUAUUUGAAUAGCAACAAACGCGGUCCAGCCUACGGCUUCAAGCUGCAAUCGCUGGACACACUGAUUGACACCAAGUCAUCGGACAAGCGUUCCACGUUGCUCAACUACAUUGUGGCCACCAUUAGGGCCAAAUUCCCAGAGCUGUUGAACUUCGAGUGCGAGCUCUAUGGCACUGAUAAGGCGGCCUCUGUGGCGCUGGAGAAUGUUGUGGCCGAUGUGCAGGAGCUGGAUAAGGGCAUGGAGUUGGUGCGCAAGGAGGCCGAGUUGCGGGCGAAGGGCACACAGACGCAUAUACUGAGGGAUUUCCUCAACAACAGCGAGGACAAACUGAAGAAGAUCAAGAGUGAUUUGCGUUUGGCGCAGGAUGCGUUCAAAGAGUGCGUCGAAUACUUUGGCGAUUCAUCUCGCAAUGCAGAUGCGGCUGCCUUUUUUGCACUGAUUGUUCGCUUCACACGCGCCUUCAAGCAACUGGAUUUGGAGAAUGAGCAGCGUCGUCGCCUCGAGCAGGCGAAAAAGGAGAGCGAUCAGGUCAUAAUGCGCAACAAGGUCAAUCAAAAGAAGCAACAGUUGCCUACAACUUGCGCACUCUCCUUGCAGGAUGCCGUCAUCAAUGAGCUGAAGAGCAAAGCGCAUUCGGUGCGCGAAACGAAACUGUUGCAGCAGGAUGAGGUCUACAAUGGGGCAUUGGAGGACAUUCUUCUGGGGCUCAAGAGCGAGCCCUAUCGCCGAGCAGAUGCUGUGAGGCGCUCCCAACGCCGACGCAUUGACAACCAUCGCUUGUCACGCACUCUGGAAGAGAUGGACUGCUAGACUGGCCUAGAUUAUUGGUCAGCUAAUUUGAGGGCAAAGGCAAAAAUCAAAAUUCAAAACUGAAGCAAAAAAAAAAAAACUACAAAAAACAUGAAAAAGAAAAGAAAAAUUAUAUUAAUAACGAAAAAAGUGUAAACGUAUUAGAAUGAGAUACUGCAUAUGUGAUUGGGCGAUUUAAUUGUUUGGACAAAUACACACACACAUAUGUAUAUAUACAUACAUAUAUACAGUAGCAGAGACACACACACAUACACAUUCCCAAAACCCGAUAUUUGUGCUUUUUACUCGAAUACAUUAACUAUAUAUUUUUGAUUUAUAGUUUUUUUCGUCUUGCAUGCUAUUCCAAAAGUUUGUAUCUCAAAUUUCCCGGUACUACGACUACCUUUCUCUGUGAAUCUCAAUACUGAGAUGAUAUUCAAUCGAUCGCCAAAAUUUGUGAAAUGCGUUUUUAUACUUAUGUAUUUGAUGGCAUAGCGAAUAGGUUUAAAAGCGUUUACACGGCGUAUUUAUCACAUUUUAAUUGUUAAAUUAAUGGUCUGUAAAUACAUAUAUAAAUACAUAUAUAUUACUAUAUAUAUAUUUUUAACGAUUGUAAGUUUUAAACCAAAUUGGAAUUAUUUUUUGCAUCCGAGAUGGCACUAUUUUGUUUUUAAGUUGUAUUUUUAUCAAUUUUUACAUCUUUUAGUUAAGCUAAUGAAUUGUAUGAUGAAAGCAUAAUACAUUAAAUUGUACAUUUCCUAUUUUAAUAAUCGAUUAUUAUUAUUAUUAUUAUGUUAUUAAUUUUGUUGUAAUAUAUAUUAUCACACUCUUACACACUUUGCACACUGCUUAACAAAAGUAAACACAAAUGCAAUCGCCAAAUAUUGCAAGCAACAUGAACAAUUUUUGUACACGCAAUACAUUUUUAGAACGUUUUUUAAAAAUAUACACAAACAAUUGAAAAUCCAAUUUUAUAGCAUUUUAUGUAGAUUUUUUAUACAAAAAACUAUGCAUACAUAUUUAUAUAUGUAUGAAUAUGUAAUAUUUAUGCAAUUUAUGAGCCAAUUUAUUCUCACAAGCCACGAAAUCUUUGACGAAGACUGAUAUGGAGCAGUUAAAAAUAUACAACAAAUACACGCAAAUAUAUACAAAAAAAAAUUAAUUAUUGAAAAGCUUUUUCGAAUAUACAGACCAGAUGUCUAGUGUCUUUCAUUUUCUAAACUCUCAAAACUUAACGAAUUUAGUUGAACUAUAAGCACUAACUACAAGUAUAAUGAUAAUUCACAUACUUACGUAUAUAUAAUUUAAGUUAAUACAUAUGUAUGUACAUAAAUAUACAUAUGUAUGUACGCAGUGCCAUUGGCAUGAUUGACAUGGUCCUUAUGCAUAUCUUUUCGUUAAAUGUUUUUUUAGUUUGCCAAAAAAAAAAGGAAUAUGAAAAUAAAACGAAAAUGAUAGCGACGCGUUUAAUAAAUUAGCAAGCUGCAUUGUUAGUUUUUAAUAUUGUGUUAUUUAAUUUGAUAAGCAACAGCAUGGUAUACGACAAAAAAAGAA